AUGUAAUUCUACUUGCCACCAGCACAGCCUUACAAAUUCUUGCAGAAAACACCAACAAAAAGAACAAGAGAUUAAGUAGGCAAAGGUAAAUUUAGUUGCGACAUUUGCUCCAGAAAAUGCCAAUCUCAGCAUGCAAUGGAUAAUCAUAUGAGAGUUCACACUGGGGAGAAGCCUUUUCCCUGCUUGAUGCCUGGUUGUGGCAAAUUUUUCAAGUAAAAAAGCUAGUAAUAUUCUCACAUGCGUGGAGCUCAUAACUACAAUACAGAUUACCUAAAAAAUAAAUUACCAGGCCAGAGUAAUUCGAGUAGUCCCACAAGAUCUGAAUUGGGAGUUGCUUAAUAACAAAUGAAUACUCCUUAGUAUUUACCUUUCCAAUUACCACCUCCUUUCCCAAAUAAAAUCCCAACUCCAAUUAUUCAGAACUAGAACAUUCAAGCAAUAAGAGAUAACAGCGAAGAACUCAUUAUAAGUCCUGUUGACCCCAUUGAAAUGAUUUAAGCUUUUUAAACAUAAAUUCUGCAGCAAAAUAACACAACUAAAAAAGACUUGAACUCUAUGGCACUUGAGGUAAAGAGCAGAGUCAGAGAUGAAUUCGUAGCUUAAUAAUAAAUGCUAGCAUCUAUCUAGGAGCCAGAAUUAGAAGAAACUCAAACUGAGGUUUCAGAUAACAUUGAAAAUCAAAUAUUUUUGUAAUAACAACAGAACAAAAAGAUCUUGACUGAAAAUUAGUUGCAAAUGAGUCAAGCAACUCGAAAUAGCUUUGAUCAAACUCUCAAUGGGUUAUUAAAUUAGUAACAGCCCAAUCAUAAUAAUUAAUAUGCAUCAUCUAAUAGCUACUUGACAAACUAAAAUUAAAUUACUUAGAACCCGACUAAUUUAGAAAAAGCAUAAGAUAAUGAAGACGAGUCGUUUGAGAAGAAACUCUAGAAUCUUGAGAAACUUUACAAUAUUGACAUUAGGUAAAUCUCUCAAACAUUUGACCAAAUCAAGUCUAAUUAAAAGCCAUAAUCACAUGGAACUAAUUAAUAGCUUACUUAUUACAACCCAUAACUGAAUCACUAGCAUAAUUUUCUCAGCUUGGAAUAAAGUAUAUAUCCAUAAUCUUAUAACCCUUAAUACUAAAUGCACUAAUCUCAAUAAAAUAAACUUUUUGAUUAGUACUAAUGA